GGAAUUAUUUUACAUGGCAAAAUCAAGUCAAAGCAACAACGGCUCAAGCCAAAAAGACCCUCAGCCAUAUUCUGGUUUCAAUUCAGAAAGAGCUGUCAAAAUCUGACCAAACGGUGACUGCGCUUUCACAAAUAGAGAAUGUGGUUGGAAUGAUGCUGAAGGAUGUUGAAAGGGUAAGCAGUGAAUGUGGUGAGGAACUGAUCUAUCAAGCGCCACAGCGUUCUUCCUCCUCGUUGUCAUCCUCAUCUGCCAGAUCAAAGAAGUCAGAGUGGGAAUUUUCACUCCCUGGCACUCCCAUCUCUUCUGAUUUACCAGAGAGUAUUACUCAGCCCAUUGUGAGAAGCUCAGUCAUCGACAUGGGCAAAUCUACUAAGCCAAAAACAUUGGUGUGUGAUGCCAGGGAAAGCAUGUCUGCAAUAGUGGAUACCAUCAUAAAGGAGGUACAUCCAGAGGAAGAAGGGGAGGUUGCAUUCCACCCUGAUCUAACAGCUGCAAUAGCAAGACUGGAGGAGCUCAUAUCUCAGGGUAGGAUUGGUGCUCUCUCACGUGAUCUUACUCACCAAGUCAACCGCAUCAUUUCUGAGAGCAACUUGACCCCUCUGGUUCUGACAGUGGCGGCUGAAAAGAGUGCAUCCGAUACAGUCCUUACUGAGCUGAAGAGGAAUGACAAGACGGUGGGGAAGCCCACAGCUUACAAGCUGGUUCAGCUUUUUGCAGAGGAGUCUGUGAAACGCCUCUUGCUUCCUAGCCUUGUGCCCUCUACAGCUUCAAUGAGUUUGGCUCAGGGAGUUAGUGUGCCGGCUAGCGUAUCUGAAGAUAGGAUUUCAUGGUCUUUUUCUACAUCAGCAUUUAGUGACACAGUCAGCCUGUUUACCAAAGUAAUGGUAAGUCAGGUCAUGGACUCUGUGGUUUCUGAUGCACAAAGCAGAGGGUCAUCUCCAACCGGAACUGUAACUGAUAUAGGCAGUCUACUGAGUGGUAAGUCCUACCCUCUGCCAUCUUUCUCCGCCAUCAGCAUGACAACAAGUGGGACCUCCAAUGCUGCACGAGGCUUUGAGGACAACAUAGAUGCUGAGGAAAGUUGUUUCGGUGUACCUCAGAGCAUUGUUUGUGAUCAGAAUUCAACCAGCCCGGAUGUUGCCUCGCUUUCAACCCCAUCCACUGACAACUUAGUCGGUGAUGAUGACUUCACCGGCCUCAUCAGCAUGUUAGUGGUGAGACUUCUGUCAAAAAUCCAAACCCAAACUGAUCUGUACCCAACUGACGUCACACGCACGUCACAAGACCUGAUUCCAAAAGUUAUAGCUGCCUUCUGUGCAUGGUCAGGCUGCUCUGAGACCCAAGCUUAUCCCAAGAACCUGAAGAGUCACAAAGUAUACAGCACCGUCUACAAACAUCUGUUGAAGGAGUUUGGCUCAGAGAAAAUACUCCAACUGGCCGUGUCGACUCAGGACUCCACUUUCAAUAGGAUUCUUGUGAAGUCAUUGAGCAAGGAGCUUCUCCACAGUUGUAACGAGGCAUCAAGAGCAGCCUCAAGAACAUCUUUCGAAGCCACCAGGCCAGAAGCUCUUCUCAUGGCUGAAGAUGUGAAGGCUACCAGAGGGAAGCUGUCUUUCCUACAAAGGCUUGCCAGACUGAAAUUCAACUUAAAGCCAUUCAUGAUGGGAAACAAGAAGAAUUCCCGCCAUUCUGAAUCCAAAGACCAGACUACUGCUGAAGAGAUCAUGUUGGCACAUCCUGCCACAUUUGGACUCCCAGAGGGUCUUCCCUCCACCUCUCAACAGGAGAAGCCUCGCAAACGUCCCCUUCUAAUCAGGAUGUUUUCCACCAUCUCCAUAGGCCUAUCCAAGCCAUUCAAACGGUUUUCAAAGCAAGCUUAAUACAACAAUUUCCUUUAAUACAGUAAUAUUUGCAUUGAAUUGAUGGCCUUUGUCUUCUUUAGUGUUGCCCUGUUAACACAUUUGAUUAGAAAAUACAUAGUAUAUUUAGUUUAGUUUAUUAUGCAGUCAUAGUCACGGUGUAGGCUAAACAAAGUAAUGUUGUCCUGAAUAAUGUCUUAGAA